AUGCCCUCCCGCCGGGCGCAACCACCCCUCUCCGUCCGCUUGCCGGCCGGCAAUGCGCAGCCCGAACUGCCCCCCAUAGCGGCCCUGUUCCUCAUCGACUUCGACGUUAAGGCCGGAUACACCAUUGUCUGGAAACAGGCUGCACCCGGCAUCGAGCUCGAGGGCCUCGUCGAGUACAAGAGUCUGCCAUCGGGACUCCACACUGUCACCGACGACUUGAUAUACUUCGUUCACGAUGGGCACCAUGCCGGACUGAGCGCUUUCAUCAACACACCGUGCGAUGAGGAGGAGGCGCGUCAUGCGCGCAUGAUUGCCGUCGGCGUUCUGGUUCCUCUCAGCUAUGGCCGCCUUGGCCGGGCAUGGAGGCAUGCUGAGGGCUUGAAGGACAUUGCAUCAAAACUCGCCGAGGAUCGCAAGAUUACGAGCCUUCUCGAUGAGUACUGGGAGAAGAACAAGGCCAAGGAAGGCGCUGAACAAGAACGGCCGGCGAUCGAAUCGCCGUCCGUCAGCUUCAGCGCCCAAGCCGCCCAGCCCAGAAAGGCAAACCACACCCGUAAUCGCUCUGCUUCAGAUGGCGCUUCGUUGCUGCCGUCUGGCCACCGGCUCUCCCCUUACCACCCGGCCUGGAGUCUGACGUCCCUGCUGGACACCUUUGGUCCUCUCAUUUUCCCCAUCCACAGGGCCGCCCUGCUGCGAAAGCGCAUCUUGAUCUCAUGCCACGCGCCAGUGCGAGAAACCUGCAACUUUGUAUACAACAUUUCUGUCCUUUCAAAUAUUCCCCAGACCGUGACGGAGCUACUGGCUCCGACAUCGUCCUCGCAGCGACUGAGACCCCUUUUCACCAUCGGGGUCCAUGACAUACCUUUCUUGAUGGAGGACUUCGAGGCCUCGAAGCGACGAAAUGUCGACAGCAACCUCGACUUUGCGGAUGAGUCGGGCUCUGGAUGGAUUGCCUGUACGACUGACAGCAUUCUGGCCAUGAAGGACACUCUCUGGGACAUGCUCAUCACCAUGCCUCCGCCUUAUGCGCCCAACGCCAAGGAAAAGGUCUGGCCCACGGUCGAGUGCCCUCGUGGCGUACCUGUCAAGGCAACGCAGCGGGACCUGAGAAGGUUCCGUGCUUUGCAGUCUGGUCUUGCCAGGCUGGCAGCAACAACGCCGAAGCCGGCGGCAGCCGAAACUCCUCGAUCAGAGACACCGACGAGUUUCAAACUCACUACCGGUGCCUUCCCGGUGCCCAGCCUUGACAACGAUGAGGCCUUGGACAAGAUUGUCGAGCCACAGAGCUGGACGGCGCUCGCGUACAGUGGCUUCAUGUGGUGGGCGAGUGCUGGCGAGCAGGCACGCAGCGAGGAGCAGGAGGAGGCGGCUCAUGAUGCGGCAUUGCUGGCAGACCUGGUAUUAACGCCACACACGCCGAGCAUGUCGAAUCCCCCGAAAUCCCGGCCCUCGGUGUCGGGCGGCAUGGCUGACUCGAUCGGGUCCAUUGUGUCUCGGUCAGCGAUCGGGCCAGAGGACGACGAGGCAAGAACGGAGCUCGCGGUUAUUGCCUACUUUCACCGUUUGACGGCACAAAUGCUCACAGUGAUGGGGGACCUGGCGGAGUGCUCGGGCGAUUGCUACGAGGACGACGACGAGGACGACGACGAGGACGAGAACGAAGACGAGGAUGCGGAGGACGUCCCUCUCCGGUCCAACGGUGAACCUAAGCGCAUCGCCGUACGGGUUGGCAGUGAAGCACUUGAGAGCAUGGGUCUUGACGUCUGGAAUGCGCAUGAUGCGGAGUUCGUCAAGGAGCUUAUGGCUAAGUACUUCAACCGGAAGCCCUACAUCGAGGGCAAAGGGGUUGAGGUGUGCGGAGUGCGCGUCUGCUGA